AUGGACAAAGCAUCAGGCAACGCAAUCCGUCUCUCCCGGGAGAGCACCGUCCGCCUGCGUUCUGGGGCCGCCAUGCCCAUCAUCGGCUACGGUGUUUACCAGGCCCGUGGCGAUGACUGCAAGAAUGGUGUCAAGGCGGCUCUUCAGUCCGGGUACCGGCAAAUCGACAGUGCGCAGGCGUACCAUAACGAAACGUUGGUUGGCGCUGGAGUUGCCAACUCGGGCGUACCCCGCUCCCAGGUAUUCAUUACGAGCAAGUUUAUGCCGGGGCACACGGUGCCGACGGAGGAUGAGGUGUUCGAUCACCUCGUAAAGUCACCACGGCGCUUCACGCCCGAAACGCCCAGACCGCCCGAGGGACACCUGGACCUGCUGUUAAUCCAUGCGCCGCGCCCCAACGAGGAGGCACGCGCCGUGCACUGGAAGGCAUUAGCACGCGCGCAGAAGGAGGGAUGGGCGCGCGACAUUGGCGUGUCCAAUUUCGGCGUCAAGCAUCUGGGCGCCCUCCCCGAGCCGCUUCCCGCCGUCAACCAGAUUGAACUGCAUCCCUGGUGCCAGCAACGCGACAUUGUCCAGUAUUGCCAGGACAAGGGGAUUGUCGUUCAGGCGUACUGCCCAAUAGUGCGCGCCGAUCCGAAGCGACUUGGCGAUCCCGUCGCUGUAAAGAUUGCGCAAAAACACGGCAAGGAGGUGCCGCAGGUGCUCAUCCGCUGGAGCUUGCAGAAAGGAUACGUCCCAUUGCCCAAGAGCGUUACCCCGGAGCGCAUCCAGUCAAACCUUGACGUGUUCGACUUUGAGCUCGAUGCUGAGGACAUGGCCGCGCUCGACUCGCUCGACGAGGGUGCUAAGGGCGCUUGCUCGUGGAACCCCGUCGACAACCCAUGA